CUUUUAGUACCGUUCACGAUGGUCGAUCUCGAUUCUUGCCUUUGAAAUUCGCUGCUACAUUGUGUUUUUGGGCUCUCUUCUCAAUGUUGGCACGACCUCUACUGUUGCUGCUAUAAUUUGCAUCUACCGUACGAGGAGUAGUAACGGCCGGUGUUCUUGCUAUCCUUAUGGCCCAGUCCUCUGUUCAAACACAACUUCGGUCUUUGGAUGACAAUCAUUCUGUCUCUGCCACCUUGUUUGUAGUCUUCCAGUUGUCUGGCUUCAUUGGAACGCUCUCCACUUUGUUCAUUGCGUAUUUUUCCCCCAUCACUCGGCAAGCAACGUGGUACAACUUUCUAGCGUUUUGGAUGCUGUACUGCCUGUGGUUUCUCCUCCUUUUCUUCUCCGGCCACUAUCGCGACUCCCAGCCAUCAUUAAAACUGUGUAUGUGCCAAUCAGCACUAAUUCACUCCGCUUCGCCUGCUGCGAGUGCUGGGACGCUAGCGUUGGUGUUACAGCUCUACUUUAGUGUGCAUUCUGCACUUUCACGAGAUGGCAUAAGAUUCCAGAGAUUAUGGUUGCGUUUGGCGUUUGCACUUCCUUAUGUAGUAACACUAACUCUAAUGACUUCCGUUCUUGUUAUGAGCAAUGCUCCUGGAACUGUUUUCAUCGUCUCGCAAUAUUGCUCUGUUAAUCAGCUUAUUCCCGGGAGACUCGCUGCUGGCUUCACUGUUGUCUUAAUUAUACCGAUUCUUUUUUUGAAUGCGUUGAUCUAUGUUCGCCUACGAAAGCAUUGGUCUGAAUUCAGAUCGUCACGUCUCCGCAAUGCAACUUCCAUGAUUAUCCGUGCGACUAUGUUUAGUAUAUGUGGCGUGUUUGCUUUUUUUGUUGGUAUCAUCUUCUUCACUAUAAUUUUUCCCAAACGGCCAGGAGAGACUGAAGAAGACGAGGUUGCGCGAUUGAGUAAGGAAUAUGAGGUACUGAACGUCAUACUCGGAUUAUUUCCUGUAUUUGUGGUGGUCAUUUUUGGAACGCAGCGGGACAUAUUGCGCCGCUUACUCUUUUGGCAAGAUCAAACUUCGUCCUCGCGGACCCAAGAAUAUCCUAUCCCUGAGAUUUCGCUCGAACUCAGUAUAUCUCACCCGGGGCAAGGAGAAGGAGACCCUGGGCUCGAUUCAGCGCUGCAUAGCUCUACUCGAAUCGACUAUUCGGAAGCACAUACUGCCACAGGCCUCGUUGACGAUUUCCAAACAAAAUAGUCAUCACGUCGAGAUAUCUGACACGACGACACGCGUCCAUACUUAGAGGCGUGUGACCAUGAAUCGUUCAAGCUGGUAGCAGGAAACCUCUGAUCUCU